ACAGUCCCUACCUGUAUUGACGUCAUCAAUUGUUUGCUGGUCCGGAAGCAGGUGAUUCUUGGGGCUUGGUGCUCGUCGAAUUCCGAAGUCUGUUGGGGGGUUCUAUGGAAGAGAUGUCAGGAGAGAGCGUGGUGAGCUCGGCAGUGCCGGCGGCUACAACCCGGACCACCUCCUUCAAGGGCUCCAGUCCCAGCUCCAAGUAUGUGAAGCUAAACGUGGGCGGGGCGCUUUACUACACCACCAUGCAGACCCUCACCAAGCAGGACACCAUGCUCAAGGCCAUGUUCAGCGGCAGGAUGGAAGUCCUCACAGACAGUGAAGGCUGGAUCCUGAUUGACCGGUGUGGGAAACACUUUGGGACGAUUCUGAACUACCUUAGAGACGGGGCUGUGCCACUCCCAGAGAGUCGUCGGGAGACUGAGGAGCUGAUGGCUGAGGCCAAAUACUAUCUGGUCCAGGGCCUGGCUGAUGAGUGUCAGGCUGCCUUGCAGAACAAAGAGUCAUACGAGCCGUUCUGUAAAGUUCCUCUGGUGACAUCAUUGAAGGAAGAACAGAGACUCAUCGCCACCUCUAAUAAGCCCACUGUCAAACUCUUAUACAACAGAAGCAACAACAAAUACUCCUACACCAGUAACUCUGACGACAACAUGCUGAAGAACAUUGAGCUGUUUGACAAGCUGUCGCUGCGCUUCAACAACCGUGUGCUCUUCAUCAAGGAUGUGAUUGGCGACGAGAUCUGCUGCUGGUCCUUCUACGGCCAGGGACGCAAGAUCGCUGAGGUGUGCUGCACCUCAAUCGUCUACGCCACAGAGAAGAAGCAGACCAAGGUGGAAUUCCCUGAGGCACGAAUCUACGAGGAGACCCUCAACAUCCUGCUGUAUGAGUCCCAGGAUGGGAGGGGUCCUGACAACGCUCUGCUGGAGGCUACGGGAGGUGCCGCUGGCCGCUCGCAUCACCUGGACGAGGACGAGGAGCGCAUUGACAGGGUCCGUAGGAUCCACGUCAAGCGGCCCGAUGAUCGCACACACCACCACCAGUAACCCCUGACUGACCCCCCCCCCCCCCCCUGACCAUCCAAAGCCCAGCCCAUCCCUGGAUGUGUGAUCCUGGACUCUCAGUGGACCAUGUGUGUGCCUUACUUCCAACACCCAGCGCCUCGCUCUCUCUUCUUCCCCCACAGCGGGAGCCCACUGCUGAGGAGAGACGAAUGGAGACUGUGUGUAGUGGUGAAGUUGUUUCAUGUAGACCAUCUUGUUUUGUGUAGUACUCUGAGGAAGAAUGCCUGAGUCAUCCAACAUUUUGGGGUGUUUAGUGUCUCAGAGGUAGGUGGAUGCCGAAUUAGGUGAUUGGAUUUUCUACUAUGUGAAUUGGAUUAUGAAUGGGACGUCAAUUGUGUGGAAUGGAAUUGUGCCAGUGGUUAUACUGGAGGCAAUUAAAAUGUCAGCAUCAUGCAUUUUUCUUUGAUGCUUGCUUUGUUGCAGCAAGAAGAACAAGAAUCAUUACGCCUGUCUGAAGUGUAUGGAGACACUAUAAUGGCAGUCAAUCAGGUGUUCUACAAAAACAGUCCACCAGGGGGCAUUAUUGAAUCAAACAAACAGAGACAGGCAGCGAUGCUAUCAAUAUUCAAUUAAAUUGUUGCAUCUUCCUUUUGCCCCAUUCUGUGAAUAUCGGUUGAAUCAAAAUAUCAUACAAUCAGGUACUUCCACAGUCCCACAACCUCUCUUUAUUUUUAUUUUUAUGAAUAGGUUUUCCCAUUUAACGCAAUGUCCCUUCAUGCCAUGUAAGUGAUUGCUUAAAAGGAGACAACUUGAGCUGUGGUGUGAAGUGUUAUCUGGGCUGAAAGAGCUCCAAGGCUGAAAUUAAUGUCUGAAACCAGAGCUCAACUCAAGGAGGGCUUUUAACAGGCAGAGAAAUUAGACCUGUUAACUGUACAUCUACACACUGUGUCCCCUUUUAACAAACAGUGCUUGUAGAUUAAUCUGUACAAUUGUACAACAAAAUGUUUUACAUAUAUUUAUAGAUACCUUAUCACAAAUAAAUAAAAAAUCUACAAGAA